ACCCUCACGCUCACUUACUCAUGAAGACAUCGUGGCUCUGAAUCAACAGGCACUGCAGGACUGAAAAUCUGCUCAACACCAUAAGAAGAGAGGAGAUCAUCCACACUUAGGCUAACACUCCUUGAGAGGACCCUCACGCUCACUUAAUACUCGUGAAGACAUCGUGGCUCUGAAUCAACAGGCACUGCAGGACUGAAAAUCUGCUCAACACCACAAGAAGAGAGGAGUAAGUUUGAGCCGAGUCGAGCUCAACCCUGCCAGGUCAUCUAUGCAGUUCCCAUGAGGACCCUCGCACGUACUCACUCGUAAAGACCUCAUGGAUCGUACUUCAACAGGCAUUGGACUGAAAAAACUGCUCAACACCAAGACAUGAGAAUACAAGUUUGAGUUCAGUCGAGCUCAACCCGCCAGAUCAUCGACACUUAGACUAACACUCCUUGAGAGGACCCUAACGCACACUCACUCAUGAAGACCUUGUGGCUCUGAAUCAACAGGCACUGCAGGACUGAAAAUCUGCUCAACACCAUAAGAAGAGAGGAGCCAGAUCAUCGACACUUAGACUAACACUCCUUGAGAGGACCCUAACGCACACUCACUCAUAAAGACCUCAUGGCUCUGAAUCAACAGGCACUGCAGGACUGAAAAUCUGCUCAACACCACAUGAAGAGAGGAGUAAGUUUGAGCUGAGUCGAGCUCAACCCUGCCAGGUCAUCUAUGCAGUUCCCAUGAGGACCCUCGCACGUACUCACUCGUAAUGACCUCAUGGAUCGUACUUCAAAAGGCAUUGGACUGAAAAAACUGCUCAACACCAAGACAUGAGAAUAGUUACAACAGCGUGCAGAUGAAAACCUUGCUGUCAACAUGGAGAAAUCUCAACCAGGACCUGACGAAGCUGUCGGCAUGGAAGACAGCCAACCCGAGGGAACUCAAAAUAAUCCAAUCAUCCAAUCCAUAGCCGAAGUAGGACACGGUUCAUGCAAAAUGGCUGACAACGAGAUCAGUGGUGCCACCAAUAAAGAGUUCACCAAACCAGAACACAGUCAAGUCAAUGAAAGGACACGCGAGGCCAAAGCAGGGGACACUGAAGCUGGAUCCAGAAAGCGCAAACUUGAGAACAGAGACGACAAGCUUGCCUUGAAUAUGGAAGAAAAUCAACCAGGACAGGGUGGAUUUGGAGCAGAUGGCAAAGACGAGAUGUGUGUCUUGGUUAAGGAACCUCAACGGAAACGCACAAGGCUAAGAACUUCAUUUCCAUCCUCAUCAUCUUGCAGGUUACAACGGCAUGCAGAUGAAAACCUUGCUGUCAACAUGGAGAAAUCUCAACCAGGACCUGAUGAAGUUGUCAGCAUAGAAGAAAGCCACCCCGAUGUGGAGGGAACCCAAACUAAUUCAGUCGUCCAAGCCAUAGCCGGAGUAGGACUCGGUUCAUGCAAAAUGGCUGACAAUGAGAUCAGUGGUGCCACCAAUGAAGAGUUCACCAAACCAGAACACAGUCAAGUCAAUGAAAGGACACGCGAGGCCAAAGCAGGGGACACUGAAGCUGGUUCUAGAAAGCGCAAAUUUGAGAACAUAGACGACAAGCUUGCCUUGAACAUGGAAGAAAAUCAACCAGGACAGGGUGGACUUGGAGCAGGUGGCAAAGACGAGAUGAAUGUCUUGGGUGGAGAACCACGACCGAAAUGUAGAAAAAGUAUCACAGUAGACAAGCAGGAGGGUCAUGACGCCAAUGUCGAUGGAACUGGAACAGGACAGGGCCACAGGAAACAUAAAGCUGUGGUAACUGAAGAUGGAGUUAAAAUUGAUUUGGAGACUGUUAAUAGAGCCUUUCUUGAAUUAGCAGAGAAAGGUCGUCCAGAUACUGUCAAGAUAUUGAUAGAUGCUGGGGCUGAUGUUAAUGCCAAAGACAUUAACAAUGACAUACUCUUGCUUGCAUCAGCAUCUGGAGGUCAUUCUGAUACUGUAAAGAUAUUGAUAGAUGCUGGGGCUGAUGUUGAUGCCAAGGACAUUAACAAUGUCACACCCUUGCUUGCAUCAGCAUCGGGAGGUCAUUCUGAUACUGUAAAGAUAUUGAUAGAUGCUGGGGCUGAUGUUGAUGCAAAGAGCACUAACAAUGACACACCCUUGCUUGUAUCAGCACGGAGAGGUCAUUCUGAUACUGUCAAGAUAUUGACAGAUGCUGGGGCUGAUGUUGAUGCCAAGGACAUUAUCAAUGACACACCCUUGCAUUAUUCAGCAUGGGAAGGUCAUUCUGAUACUGUCAAGAUAUUGACAGAUGCUGGGGCUGAUGUUGAUGCCAAGGACAUUAUCAAUGUCACACCCUUGCUUGCAUCAGCACGGGGAGGUCAUUCUGAUACUGUAAAGAUAUUGAUAGAUGCUGGGGCUGAUGUUGAUGCAAAGAGCACUAACAAUGACACACCCUUGCAUGCAUCAGCAUUGAGAGGUCAUUCUGAUACUGUCAAGAUAUUGACAGAUGCUGGGGCUGAUGUUGAUGCCAAGACAACUUACAAUGACACACCCUUGCUUGCAUCAGCAUGGGAAGGUCAUUCUGAUACUGUCAAGAUAUUGAUAGAUGCUGGGGCUGAUGUUGAUGCCAAGACCACUAACAAUGACACACCCUUGCUUGCAUCAGCACGGGGAGGUCAUUCUGAUACUGUCAAGAUAUUGAUAGAUGCUGGGGCUGAUGUUGAUGCCAAGACCACUAACAAUGACACACCCUUGCUUGCAUCAGCACGGGGAGGUCAUUCUGAUACUGUCAAGAUAUUGAUAGAUGCUGGGGCUGAUGUUAAUGCAAAGGGCACUAACAAUGUCACACCCUUGCUUGCAUCAGUACGGAGAGGUCAUUCUGAUACUGUCAAGAUAUUGAUAGAUGCUGGGGCUGAUGUUGAUGCAAAGGACACUAACAAUGACACACCCUUGCUUGCAUUAGCAUGGGAAGGUCAUUCUGAUACUGUUAAGAAAUUGAUAGAUGCUGGGGCUGAUGUUGAUGCAAAGGACACUAACAAUGACACACCCUUGCUUGCAUUAGCAUGGGAAGGUCAUUCUGAUACUGUUAAGAAAUUGAUAGAUGCUGGGGCUGAUGUUGAUGCAAAGGACACUAACAAUGUCACACCCUUACUUGCAUCAGCACGGGGAGGUCAUUCUGAUACUAUCAAGAUAUUGAUAGAUGCUGGGGCUGAUGUUGAUGCAAAGGACACUAACAAUGACACACCCUUGCAUGCAUCAGCAUGGGAAGGUCAUUCUGAUACUGUCAAGAUAUUGAUAGAUGCUGGGGCUGAUGUUGAUGCCAAGAACACUGACAAUGACACACCCUUGCUUGCAUCAGCAUGGGAAGGUCAUUCUGAUAAUGUCAAGAUAUUGAUAGAUGCUGGGGCUGAUGUUAAUGCCAAGGACACUAACAAUGUCACACCCUUGCUUGCAUCAGCAUUGGAAGGUAAUUCUGAUACUGUCAAGAUAUUGAUAGAUGCUGGGGCUGAUGUUAAUGCAAAGGGCACUAACAAUGUCACACCCUUGCUUGCAUCAGCAUUAAAAGGUAAUUCUGAUACUGUCAAGAUAUUGAUACAUGCUGGGGCUGAUGUUAAUGCAAAGGGCGCUAACAAUGACACACCCUUGCUUGCAUCAGCAUGGGGACGUCAUUCUGAUACUGUCAAGAUAUUGAUAGAUGCUGGGGCUGAUGUUGAUGCCAAGAACACUGACAAUGUCACACCCUUGCAUGCAUCAGCACAGGAAGGUCUUUCUGAUACUGUCAAGAUAUUGAUAGAUGCUGGGGCUGAUGUUAAUGCAAAGGGCGCUAACAAUGCCACACCCUUACUUGUAUCAGCAUGGGGAGGUCAUUCUGAUACUGUCAAGAUAUUGAUAGAUUCUGGGGCUGAUGUUGAUGCCAAGGACACUAACAAUGUCACACCCUUGCAUCAAGCAACUAGAAGAGGGGAGUUACAAGUAGUUGUGGGACUCAUACUAAAGGGGGCUAAUGUGAAUCUUAAGAACAACUGUGGUGUGAUACCUAUUCAUCUGGCAGUAGAAGGUAGAUACAUACAAAUCAUAAAUGAACUAAUGAACAAAACUGAUUUAGCUGACCCUGGUGCACUCUCGAUAUUACACUCUUUAUUACUGGAAACCGAUAUUGGUAUGCUGAAGAUUAUGUGCCGCAAUUCAUCAGUCUACCGUGCUUGUGGCAAUUACGGGAGGACCUUACUCCAUGUUGCCGGACAACUCGGCUGCCAUGAAUACAUUCAACAUUUAACAACAUGUGAUGGAGUCCAGGUUAAUCACAAAGAUCACUUUGGAAAGAGUUCACUCCACUACGCCGUAGAGAUUGGGAAUGAAGAGACAAUACAUGAACUUCUAGAAGCUGGUUGUGAUGUUCAUGAAUUAGACUUAGCGCAGAAGUCAGUUUUGCACCAUGCUGCAAUAAAUGGACACUGCAAUCUUAUAGGAUUUUUCAUUGAAAAAUAUAGGUUAGAUCCAUAUCAGGCUGAUGUUGAUGACAGGAACUGUCUCCAUUAUGCUGUGAUCUAUCGAAAUGAGGACGUAGUGGCCCUGUUGAUGGAGAAAUACAGUGAUCCUAGGAAGGAUGCAAGGGACUAUCGAAACAAGACACCGACUGACUACUUGCAUCAGUGUGAAGAAGGCAGUUUGACAUCAAAAUACCUUCGAGGCUGGACAUCAGGAGUUACUGCAAUUGAGCUUGGUAACACCGAAAGUGAUGAUCAUACUGCCGGAGAAUGCUCUGAUAUUACAAAUAUUCCUGACUUGUGCAAAAUUUCAGAACAACCAUACAUUGGGUCUGUAAUGGCAAUCACAGGACACGAUAAUGUAAAAUUUGUCAAAUAUGUUAAAGAAAAGGUGCAACAAGUUAUAAAAGAGGUACUACCACAGAUCACGGAAGUGAAGGUUAUUGGGGUUGGAAGUUCAUUUGAGGCAUCAAAGCAUGGCAUGCCUGAUGAAUUUGAUUUUUUGGUGAAGUUGGGACAUAUUUAUUAUGAUUAUGAAAAAUAUGAUAAACAUGAAGGAUAUCAAAAUAUGAAGAAUUUUCUUUUCAUAGAUAAUUCUCAGGAACCUAAGGUCAUUGGGUCAUAUGGGAUGUGGGUGUGGAGCAGACUCAUGGAAUAUUGGAGUGAUUGCGUAUCAAACAAAAAGGCCACACGAAGUGAUGGUGAUCGCAGCUUCUGUGUGUUAUCGCCACCACAGAGACAUCCUGAUCGUAAAACCUGCACGACAUGGAUCUGGCUGUACAGUGAUGAAAUGUUUACCGACUUGCCAAUAUCAAUAGACUUGGUGCCUGCCAUUGAGGUUGACAUGAAUAAUUCUAAAAUGAGUUCAGCAUUGAUGAUUUUUAAGAGAAUAGACUGCAAACAAUCAAAAAAGUACAUAGUUCCUAAAAUUCCAUACAGGACCAGCACGGUAGCACAAAACAUUAAACCUGACAAACUUAAUCAGCUUGGGCGGGACUCCUACCCAACAAUUGAGGUGGAUUACCUCAAAGCUUUGGAUAAACGGGUGAAGGCUGUCUUCAUCACAGCAAAAUGUGUGAGAAAGGCAGAGGUGUGUGGCUUCAAAAUUAAAAUCAACAAGGGUGAUAUGGUAUGUGGCUACAAAAUUAAAAACAACAAUGUCAAUAUUAAGUCGGUCAGUGAGUUAGUAACCAGCUACAGAUUGAAAUCUGUAUUCUUGCAUCUGGUUGAACUGUUUCUGAAGUCAGACAUGUCCCUCGGGAAAAUGGUCCUGAUGGUGUAUGAACAUUUAGAAAAGUGUCUCGAGAGAGAUAAUCUACCAAUGCCCAUGAAUAAUAAUGUCAAUGUGUUGGCUGGGUCCAAGCUGAGUACAGAAGACAGCCUCCAGGUGACCAGGAUCAUGGCAAGGUUUGUCAGGCGUCUGUACGAGAGGGAUGUCUCAGCUGAACAACGGGAGAGAGACCCAAGAGAAGAGGCUCAGGGACUAAUGAGACUAAGAGCAGAGUACGAGCAGGAACUGGAUGAAUGGACUAAGACUAAGAGGGAUGGAUCUUGGAUUGAUCUGUGCAGGAAACCAACACUGAAUCCAGUCCUGUUUCCAAAGCUUCCCAGGUAGUGACAUUCAGUUACAUCACACCAGUUUCUUUCUCGGUGUAGUUCAACCCUUUCUUCUGGAGACAUAACCAUGAACCUUUCAAAGCUGAAUAAAUGAUAAAUGCACUUAAGUCUAUAUGCUUACAGCAAAAAGUUCUUAUGUCUCCUCAAAUGCGUGGUUCUGCAAUAUAUUGUGUCUAUUCAAGCAUUGUAGGUCUCUGGUAGCGCCUUGGGGACGGAAUCAAAGCUGAGGUUCCUAAUGUAACCAAUGGUUAACAACCACAGGCUUCGUCAUCAAUGAUAACUGUUAUGAAUUCGGUUCUCAUUGACUGAUUGAGUUUAUUUAGCUCAUGUGUAAGUAACUCAAAUGAAAUGGCUACGGCCGUGUGUGAGCAUCGGAUCAAUCUUUCGCAGACAAGUUAUAACCAUUCUGCUAAAGAAACAUACUAUAUAUGGGUAUGGGGCAGAAGCAGCACAGUGGAAGAGAGUCGGUCUCUGGAUCGAGAGGUUGUGGGUUUGACUCCCAGCUAAGUCACUGUUUGGUUCCCCUACUGGUCGAGUUCAAGUGAGAGUCUUCUGGUUGCUCCUUGAAAUCCGUGAUUGAUUUCUGUGGAGACCAGGUAAUCAUAUGGUACCCCAAAAGUGCUUUGAACAGGGAAACAUUGAAAAGCGCGAUAUAAGAACUCAACGUGAUUAUUUUAUCAUAGUUUAUACUGGCUGAUUUGCCAAAUAUCAUUUGACUGUUGUGACCUUGAAUAUUUGGUCAAAUCUAAGGUGCUCAGCUGACAGAUUGGGGGUGGGCCAAUGAAAAUGAGCCCACAGCUACAUGUAAAUAUGGAAUUGUGCAAAUAGUAUCAGAGCUGGUACCUAUUAAAUAUUGCAGACACAUUUAUACUAUAUUUACUAUAUCCUUUGUACAUAUUACAGAGAAAAUCGGAUGACCAUAGCUCAAACACUGGGACUAUAAGAGCAGUUAUGGAAAUCAGACAUUUUUGAUAGUUCGCGCAACUAUCUAUUUUUUUAUGUAUUUUGAUGUAUCUUGAUCAUUCUCGUUUCACAAUGUUACUUAAUUAGCUUCCAACAAUCAUUUAGCACAGCUUAGUUAAGAAUAACAUUUAAACAAUUUUUUAUAAUUUGUUUUAAUGAGCUUGUUUCAUGUGUUAUUGAGAUUUUGGAUCAGCCACUCAAAAACAUGUUUGUGUUGGGCUAUUUUUGAAUUUCUGUCCCCAGGUGAAUUUGUGUUGUAAUACAAAUGUAGUAGUUACAUGUACUAGAUUUCUUUGUGAAUCUAAUGUUAUUAUCUAAAUUCAGAUUUUGGACUCCAGACUGGGAACAAUCAUAAUUAGUUUUCCUCUCUGUGAUGAUGAAUGCAUAUUGAAUUUAUGAAGUUUUUGAAGCCAAAUGGCAAACUUAUGCCAUUUAAUCUCUGUGACCUCGAACAGUAGGUCAAAUGGAAAAACUUGUGUAACAAUUCAUGUAUGAGAGGUGGAUAUGAUGAUAAUACUGUCAUAAAUUGAAGAUUUGCUGCACUUUUUAUGUUUUAAGUUUUGGCCCUCUGGUGGCUAAAUUAAGGGUCAGAUUGAACUGAAAUUAAGUGUCAAAGGUCAUCUGACCGAGGGGAUUAUGUGUACAAAAUUUGAAUUUCAUAGGAGGUUAUCUUAAUAUCAAACAUAUCUUAUCUCGGUAUCGCACAUCAAUUGUACUGUAGAAGAACAAAAUGAAACAUACCUGAGCAAACCCAAGAUAAAAUAACUGAUAGUCGGUCAUAUUUAUCCCAGGCAGGGGGUGCUCUGACCCGUGAACUUUACGCCAGUCCUGAUAAGCCUGAAAAACAAAACAUUUCCGAGUUAGGGCGCAUGUCAAAUAUCACGGGGCUGAGAAAAUGAACACGCUUGAUCUCUCUCCCAGGCCUUUCAAUUACAUUGACACCCUUACACCUUGUAAUUUUUUAACCUUUUUUGGGGACAUGUUUUUUUCACUAUUAAGCCUUUGGGGACAUUUUGUGUGGCAAGCCAUCGAAAUUAGUUAAAAAUUCAGUGGGCAUUUGAAGUAUGUCUCUUAUUUUUUGUCGCCACAUGAAAAUGACACAUUUGGGUGUAUUGCAGGCAUUAAUUUAUGACAUUAAGGAACAGAAUUAAGCAUGCUGAGGCAUAGAAAAGGCUUCAGGGGUCAAUUACCCCUACUAUUCACGUCUCUUUUUUCAUGAUUGGCGAAAAUUCAUGAAAGAGAUAAAAACUUUCAUGGUUUUUAGUUUAGUGGAUUAUGAAAUAGCUUCCAGUUUUUCAAACCAAUAAGUAUUUUUUCGGAUUUUUGAUUAUUACACAUCUACUUAUAGGUUAAUCUAGGUUUUAGGCUUGACCUAGGUUGUAUAGGCUUGACCUAGGUUGUAUAGGCUUGACCUAGGUUUUCGGCUUGACCUAGGUUGUAUGGGCUUGACCUAGGUUGUAUAGGCUUGACCUAGGUUGUAUAGGCUUGACCUAGGUUUUCGGCUUGACCUAGGUUGUAUGGGCUUGACCUAGGUUGUAUAGGCUUGACCUAGGUUUUCGGCUUGACCUAGGUUGUAUGGGCUUGACCUAGGUUGUAUAAUACUAUUUCUUAUUGGUCAAAAUGAAUUCAGGAUUCUCUUUAUAUAUUCGUUAAAUGCUUUAGGUUUGAAGCACUGGGAUGUUGAUCAAUGAUAAUUCUAAAACACCUUGGUUACAAUGAACCACAGUUUACAGUGUAUAACGCACUCAGUGCCUCAUUUUGACGGCUGCAGUUAUGAUCAGGCAACCACGGCCUGCGUUGGUGCAAAAUAUGGAAGCGGUGAAAAGCAGUCAAAAUCUCAUUUUUUUGCGUAAAUUGGUGUGUUUUAUAAUAGAAAUGGAUACCUCACUGAUAGAAAUGGUUGUCUCUCACCAAACACUGCUCGGGGAGAAGCGAUUUUGCCCAAAAUCUCAGCCGCCAAAUUGGUUUUGACCAAUAAUUUAGAUGAGACAUCAUUGGUAUAAAUUCCUAAACCAUUUAAAGCCUGAUCUUCACCACUUCACAGAAAAUAUUUAUUACAACUUUGCGAGACUGAGGUAUUCUGAAUGGCAGCUUUGGUAACUUACUGCGGUAGCUGAGCAUGAUUUUCAUACAAGAUUUUCCAGAGCGAAAACUUUUGUUCUGUGAGUAUUUUGGCGUCAUAUGAUGUAAACAACAUUUUGCUCCAGAAACUCGGGCUUUAUGGAGUGGCAUUUCCGUGGAGACUCGGGCUCCAACUUGUUAAAAGAACUUCUCAAACUGGGACCAUAUUCUCAUGUACUUGUCCGCCAAACUUGGUAUAUUUUCUAUUUCAUGUUGAGUAUGUUUCAACUUCAGUUCUAUUGUUUGAGUAUUCAGGGGCGGAGCUAGCAUUUUGGUUUGGCGGGGGGGGAGCAGAAGUGUUUUUGGGUGUGAAAUAUGACACUGCUUGAAAUUUAUGGGCCAAAAUCAUGUUCAAAAACACAUUUUGGUGACUUCAUGAGGCUUUUUGCACCUCCCCCCUCGUAGCUACAAACCUGAGAUAGGGCGAUAUGUUGGACAAGUUGUAAACAGUUCAUAUUAGGGAGGUUGAGAUCUGGGACUUAUCACGGAUCGAGUAUGGAUAAAAACGUACAGAAAAUUCGUCCUCUUUCUACCGAGUAUUCUUCGUAUAUGUAUAAGGCUCCUUGAUAAGUUGAAGACACUAUCAAGGCAGAAAUAUUUGAAUGCCUUUUAUGUAGAAAGAGUUUUGGCUGCAAAAACGAAAAUCUAAUUACUGAGUCUAAAUUACCAUGGUAACUCAGAGUCGUUGUAAGACCGGUAAUUUGGUAUUACCACGUUCUGGUCUUGGUGGGUGGGAUUGUGUAUAGUCCAUUCAUAAAUCUGUUGUCUGUGUUGUUUAGUAGAACCUCUCUAUUAAGGACACCAUUCGGUGUGACAAGUGUUGUCCUUAAUAGAGAGGUGUCCUGAUAAGAGAGCUCAAAUUGAAUGGAAACGAUCAAUUUGGGUCUAAAACUAGUGUCCUUGAGAGAGAAGUUGUAUUAAAUAGAGUGGUGUCUGCUUAGGGAGGUCCACUACUGGUAUUGGGUGUUAUUAUGCUAUUUCAUAAAUAUGCAAAAUUGCAAUUUCACGAACUUGCGAAAUAAAAGGUUGAGAAAUAUUUCUGGGUUUACGGUAAUGUUGGGCAAUAAAAUUAGAUUUAAGAAAAACUGAACUCUUAAGAAAUCGGUCCAGUAUCUUUUGCACAGCGGAUCAAAAGGACGCGAACAUUUACUUCUGAAUAGUAUAGUAAACCAUGAUAAAACUUGUGUAUGUUAUCUAAAUAUUUGUAUUUCAUCUUCUUGUACUUGUUGUAAGACUUUGACUUUAACUUGGAUGUUGUAGAUCAAUAAUAAAUUG